AUGCUAGAUGAUAACAAUGGCGCCCGAUACUGGCCAGACAACUACCCAAACAGCGAGGACUCAACAAACGCUAACAAGCUGACUCAUUCAAAAGACGAACCUAACUUAACUGCUGGGCUUCCAAUUGGGAUAACAGUGCAGGGGAGAAAAUCGGGGCGCCAAGAUCACGAGCUUUUUGAGAUUUUGCGGUACCUCCGGGGUAUUGGUGCUGCCCCUGCACCUAGAGAAGCUCCCGGUCCCGAAAAUGGAGCGGAUUUCACAAGUUUUACCUUUGCUGCAAAGGAAGAAGAUACAGGGGCACCGGGAAUAUCCUCAGUGCCCCCCUUUGCUGCCAACGGCAUCGAGCAAGGGUCCUCUGUUCAGCAAGACAGUACUCCAGGCCAAGUGAGACCUCUACGACCGCAAGAGAAUAACGCUGACAUGAACCAGGAUGGCCAAUUCGAUGGUGCAACACUCAACAAUGCGACUGACAAUAUCUCCCCUCCCAAUCCGAAUCCUGGGCCUCGACGGACCGACGGACGCGAAGCGAGUCGCAACAUUCCCAGGCGAGGGAAUGUUACAAGACGCUACAUGCCGCCCAGGAAUAGAAGACGCCCUCGCAAGGAUGGCUACGCAUCUGAAAGGAUAUUGGAGGAAUACAUGGGGUCCUCGGCUUCUUCAGAAAGUGAUUCCGAUUCAGACACGCAAUCUGAACAGAUGAACAAUGGCACCGAGAACAUAGAAGAGGGCCCAUCAGAACCAACCAAUGUGGCGAACAAACAGCUGGAGUUUCAAACUAGCGACGAUGCUCACAUGAAUGAAGCUGAAUCGUCAAACGAGGCACACAGUGAUGUUGACCCAAAUGCUGUACCUCUACCACAGCUGCACUAUCACUACUUUCUCCUCCUUGACCGCGGCACAGGGGUCGACCACGUCCCUUGGGAGCCCGGCCGUCGGCUUACGGAGCUAACAUGGGCUCAGUUGGAGAGAUCUCUCCCGGUGCAGCUUCUCAUGGCCUCGGACAUCCUAUUGGUCCGAGUUUUCGGCUUCAAACAGAUCAAGGGAAGACAGGAAGAGUUUCGCCAGGAUGACAUGGGAUUUGACAUGUCAAUGAGGCGACUCAACAGCAAAGUUGAAGGAAUUCAGAAUGCGUAUAGCGACCUCGCACGAAUUGAUUUGCGAACCGAGAUUGAGGCUGGGAAGCAUUUCAUGAGGGGACCACCUUUGGCAGAAAGGGAGCCGGAAGCCAAUUGGUUCUAA